AGAUUCUGCUGUCUGGAGGUUACCACCAGAUGGAUGCCCGCAUGGGGCCCUUGUCACUGGGAUCUACAGGCUUCAUCCCAUCACAGAGCUCCCGGGUUUUUCAUUUGACCUAGAAGUGACUUGAGGUUUUUUCAACAGUUGAAUGUUUAAAACGAUUUUAUUCUUUAUACUUGUACAGUAUUAUCUUAUCAGUGCCUUACUUAAUAUUAGAGUUAUCAGGGGUUUAAUUUGAACUUCCAAAUAUCUUCAUCUCCUCCCAAUGGGAGGUUCCAAUGGGUGGAGAAGAAAGAAUGGCAGGAUUUCCUCCUCUUGUUGCUGAAGACAUCACAUUAGAUGAAGGACUUGGGGAAUCUGAAGCAGUGGCUGACAUCAAGUUCUCCUCUGCAGGCUGGGUAGCAGUAACGCCGCAGUUUAAGGACAAACUGCACCUCCGAGGCUACACACCUCAAGGAACAGUUCUGACGGUCCGGCGCCCACUCUUGCCACAUGUAGUUAACAUCAAAGGAGAGCGCAUCCGGAAAAGCGUGGCCUAUAAAACCAAAAAGCCUCCUGCCCUUGUGUACAAUCUGCAGAAAAAGAAAAAAAGAUAAAUAUAUGAAGCUGACCUGUUCACAUUGAAGAUUAACAAUACAGAACAUACUGUAUACAUUGCAUUGCAUUAAAUAUUGCUAUAAUAAAGCCCUC